AAAAAAACCUAAAUUGGUGGAUGAUGAGGGCAAAAAGCUCUUAGCCACAAACAAAACCUAGACAUUUCUGUGUGGCGCAUCGACCUCGCGCUCUCGCAAUCAAAGAAGAAGAAGACAUGGCUUCCAUUUAUGCAAACUUGCCUUCUCCACCGUUGUUGGUCCAUGGUAAAAGGAUCCCAUUCAGGUCUCUUCAAAAGCUCCCACUUUCUACCAUUAAAGAGAGACAGAACUGUGCUGCUGUUGUAGUCAAGGCUACUGGGGAAAGCUCUGAGUCAUCAACCUCCCUCAGCAUUGUUAAGUCUGUUCAAAACAUUGCCGUUGACAAGUUGCCUGUUGUCCCAAGUGCACUAGAAUUCGUUGGCAUCCUUUAUUCUUCGUGGUUUAUAUAUCGAUAUCUCUUGCUCAAACCCAAUCGGGAAGAGCUUUUCCAGAUCAUUAAGAAGUCGGUUGGAGAUAUCUUAGGCCGGUGAAUCAUGCUUUGAAAUGUAGUCAGCCCUUCAGGCCACCAGCUCUUACUCUUCAAUGCAGGUCCAGAACGCUUAACAUCGUACUAGACAAUGACCAGUAAGAAAAACUCGUGGAAAUUCACACAAGAAUGCAAGGAUUGAUUAAAACGAAUCAAAGUUUUUCUACAAAAAGGGCAUGGAAAAUGGAUGGAUUGUAGUGUGAUUUACUCCUGACAAAAACGACUCUUGCAAUGAGAUUGACUAUUCCCUACUUUUAUUACAUCAAAAGGCUAUUGAAUUGAACCGGUGUUGAAAAGAUGUUGACGUAUAUCACCUUUUUCAGUC